AUGUACUUCGCCACUAUCGCCCUCGCCGCCCUCGCGCUCACCGUUCCCUCGACAGCCCAGAGCCAAACCCAAACCCAAACCCAAGACCUCGACAUCCCCUCCACCAUCUCCUCGGCCCUCAGCGUCGCCAGCUCCUACGUCUCAGCGCACGACAUGAACUCGAUCAUCUCCUCGGGCCUCAGCUACGCCAGCUCCUGGGCCUCGGCCAACGCCGACAACAUGGACUCGAUGAUCUCGUCGUUGGGUGCCGAAUACGGCAUCACGGACGCCAGCGGCGUGUCUUCGGCGCUGAGUCGGGCCACGGCGUUCUUUGAAUCGAUUACGAGCGACGGCGCUUUCGCGGCGGGGGACUUGGCGAGCUUGACGGGUGGCGCUGCGGCGGCCACUUCUGGCGUCGAGGCUGAGAAUGCUGCGUCCGCUGAUGAUAGCAGCGGUGGAUCGGGGAGUGCGAGCGCGGCGUCGACUGGAGGGGCGAGCUCCGAUCGUGGUGCUGUACAAUGGAGCGCGACGGUUGGCGCGGUGGUCGGAAGCUUGUUCUUAGGGUUGAUAGCGUAUCUGUAA